GCGUCUGGAGCCGAAGUUUCUGUCUCAGUUGGGACGCCGCCGCGGCCGGGGGCAAAGAAAGGGAGGAAGGAAGGAGCUCGCGGAGGGGAGCGGAGGGGAGCGGAGGGAGGGGAGGCGGCCUCGGGCAAGGAGUGCAGGGCGAUGCGGGCGCGCGACGCAGCCCCCCGAACCUGAGCGCAGCGCCCCGAGCGUCGAACGAGGCCGCAGCCAUGGAGCCCGCGCAACAGCCGCCGCCCCAGCCGGCCCCGCAAGGCCCCGCGCCGCCGUCCGUGUCUCCGGCCGGGACCCCCGCGGCCCCGCCCGCACCCCCGGCCGGCCACCAGGUCGUGCACGUCCGCGGGGACUCGGAGACCGACUUGGAGGCGCUCUUCAACGCCGUCAUGAACCCCAAGACGGCCAACGUGCCUCAGACCGUGCCCAUGCGGCUUCGCAAGCUGCCCGACUCCUUCUUCAAGCCGCCGGAGCCGAAGUCCCACUCGCGACAGGCCAGUACCGACGCAGGCUCUGCGGGAGCGUUGACUCCACAGCACGUCCGAGCUCACUCCUCUCCAGCGUCCCUGCAGCUGGGGGCCGUUUCUCCGGGGACACUCACAGCCAGUGGUGUAGUCUCUGGCCCGGCUGCUACCCCUGCGGCUCAGCAUCUCCGACAGUCUUCUUUUGAGAUCCCGGAUGAUGUACCACUGCCAGCAGGCUGGGAGAUGGCCAAGACAUCUUCUGGUCAGAGAUACUUCUUAAAUCACAACGAUCAGACAACAACAUGGCAGGACCCCCGGAAGGCCAUGCUCUCACAACUGAACGUUCCUGCGCCUGCCAGUCCAGCGGUGCCCCAGACGCUGAUGAACUCUGCCUCAGGACCUCUUCCUGAAGGAUGGGAGCAAGCCAUGACUCCGGAUGGAGAAGUUUACUACAUAAACCAUAAGAACAAAACCACGUCCUGGCUGGACCCAAGGCUUGACCCUCGAUUUGCCAUGAACCAGAGGAUCACUCAGAGUGCUCCAGUGAAGCAGCCCCCACCCCUGGCUCCCCAGAGCCCACAGGGAGGUGUCCUGGGUGGAGGCAGUUCCAACCAGCAGCAGCAGAUACAGCUGCAGCAGCUACAGAUGGAGAAGGAGAGACUGCGGUUGAAACAGCAGGAAUUAUUUCGGCAGGCAAUACGGAAUAUCAAUCCCAGCACAGCCAAUGCUCCAAAAUGUCAGGAAUUAGCUCUCCGCAGCCAGUUGCCCACACUGGAGCAGGAUGGAGGGACUCAGAAUGCAGUGUCUUCUCCCGGGAUGUCUCAGGAAUUGAGGACAAUGACAACCAAUAGUUCAGAUCCCUUUCUUAACAGUGGCACCUAUCACUCUAGAGACGAGAGCACAGACAGUGGCCUCAGCAUGAGCAGUUACAGCAUCCCGCGGACCCCAGAUGACUUCCUGAACAGUGUGGAUGAGAUGGAUACAGGAGACACCAUGAGCCAAAGCACCCUGCCGUCACAGCAGAGCCGCUUCCCUGAUUACCUGGAAGCCCUCCCUGGGACAAAUGUGGACCUUGGCACACUGGAAGGAGAUGCAAUGAACAUAGAAGGGGAGGAGCUGAUGCCCAGUCUGCAGGAAGCGCUGAGUUCCGAGAUCUUGGACGUGGAGUCUGUGUUGGCUGCCACCAAGCUAGAUAAAGAGAGCUUCCUCACGUGGCUAUAGAGCUGCAGGGAGCCAUCGCCAAGUCUGUGAGGGGUCCACAGAGUCUAAGAUGUGCACACCUGAAGUUCAGAUAAGCCAGUGGGUGAUUCUCUGGCUAACACAGAAAACAAAUGAACCAGUGUCCAGCAGGGAUCUUCAUCAUUGUUCGCUCUUCUCUGCCCGUCGCUGCUCUUACGUUGCUGACCUCUUCAUGGCCAGCCCUAAAGAACCAGAACCACAAACAGAACCCCUUUGUUAACUUUGCUAUGUUAACUACCAUUCUCUGGGAUUGCCGGGGGAUAGCCUGCUGGAUAAUGAUGUUCUUCCUUUUUUGUCCAGUGGUCUUUCCACCCAUCAUUUCACUGAACACACAGACUGGGAACUGAAAUGCUUCAGAACAUUUGUUCAAGAGGUGGUUUCUUCAGCUGCCUUUGGCCUUGGGUCCAACAAGCCAGAAGCAUUGCGUCUGAUCUCGCGGAAGCUCAAGAAGACCCAUGCUGAAGACUGAUGGGCUUUCCAUUUCUUCUCAUAGUAAUACCACUAGGCACAGAGUGACCGGAAUUUUAUCUUAGAAGCUUAUGAGGCAUGAGACAGUUUCCAUAGAAAUAUAUUAAUUAUUACCACAUACUCUAGAUUAGGUUUGAAUGGGUAUUUUCUGUGGGUGUUUUGGUUGGUUUUUCUUUCCUUUUUCCCCCCUGUGGUUGGUUUUGGUGCAACAUAGGCAAAUUAAUGAAGUCAUUUAUAGCUGUAGCUUGGGAUGGGCAGUGCCAUUCUUUGGGGGUUGGGGGGGUCUGUAUUUCUUGGCUUUUUAACAUCCUAUUUAAAUCUUGGUUAUCUCCUCUCCAUAUGUACACACUCUUACAAUGUCUAUGGUAGUGUGAUAGCAGAAUGUAUCUUUAUAAACGUUUCCUUCCUUUCCAGUUUUAUUUUUUUUAAUGGUAGCCUUGAACAUACGCAUUUAGACACAGUAGUUUAUGUUUCACAAAUAGUUUAAAGUCUGGUUGGGGCAAUCUGCAGGUGUUUGAGGGAGGGAGGGCAGUGUUGUAGAAAGGGCUCUUGUCGUGGGUAAGGCCAAGAGGAGCUCUCCUGCCCUCUGUGCACUGUGAUGAUGAGGACAGAAGCCAACAGUGGCCUCACUCCCCUUGGACCGAUUUGUGUCCUGCAGACUCUGAGCUUUAAGCUUUAGAGAGGCGGGCCUUCCUUCUGCCUCCGCCUCAGCUUUGGGUGUAUACUCAGAUCCUUUGAGGCCAGACUGAGUAUAACCUACAAGAUCAUUCUCAUGUGUCUGUGCUGAAUGGACCCUGGGUAGCAUGCAGAAUGCUGUGAGGUCACGGGUUGGCUGGUAAAAUGAUCAGAUUAGUAAGUGUGUGGGGGCAGCUGGGCUCAGCAGAGAGCUAGGCUAAGCAUGAGUGUGGCUUUAUUUUUACAAGAAGGAAGAUCACUAGAGUAUGUGUCUCCAGGAGUAAUAAUGGUUUCCAAAGAGUAUUUUUUAAAGGAACAAAAUAAGCAUGAAUUAACUCUGCAUAUAAGCUAUGAAGUAAUAGUUAGUAUGAAUUGUAGUGGCACCUCAUCAUUUAAGGGUCUUUGAGUGCUUCUAGAAGAAUCCCUCAUUUUCAAGGGUUCAUAAAGAACAACUACAAACCCACCCCCACCCCCCCUAAAGCUGCUACUAUGAAAAUCCUCAGCUUAGGAAGAUAGAAAUCUAAGUAUUUUGGCCUUUUGAUUUAGUAUAGCGCAAGAAUGAAGUACUUUGAGUGCUGAAAAAAUGCAAUCAGUGUAUUAUAUAUGAUUCAUUGGUCAGUCAUUAGAGGCCAUUGACUCUAAGGCUUUUAAUUAGAAACUAGUUGAAGAUUCACCCUUGAAUUAAGUCUGGGGAAAUGACCACCCAGAGGAUGCGUUGACUUUAGAACAGAGAUGAAAUUCUACUCUAAUUAAAAAUUGAGUAGAUGGAUAACCCACAGUGGUGUGUGGGGAAUGGGCAGAUGAUAGGCUCGCCGAGAGCCUGUCAUUUGCCAGUAAGCCGCAGAAUAAAGGACCGCAUCUUCUGUGGGCAGACUAGCUCUAGUGUGGGGAGCGGGAGGGCAUGGGCUGGUGAGAGGUCGCGGGGCCGUGAUAGAAAAGCUCUUAUGAACUUGUUUCUCUUCAGUGGAGACUUAUCUCUCCUAUUGCUCCCAGUAAAGAAGUUGUUCCUAAGUUUCCAGCUGCUUAACCUCCCCCACAAAGUGAGAUGUGCCGUCUUCCUUCUCCCUUGGCAUGGUGUGCCUGGUUAUACCUCAAUGUCCAGCAGCCCCUGGUGCCUGACCGUGCUCUCUGACCGUAUCAAACCCUCCAUGCUGACUGUGGGAGACUUGAGCACCCUUCCUCUCACUGAAUUUGAAUCACGGCCUCAAUGUAGUCUUUCUUGUUGUGUCCAACAGUGUUUAAUGCUUCCUGGCUGUAGUGGGUAGCAUGCAGAUAAGAACUUUAACUGGUUAUUCUUGAAUUUCUUUUGCAAUAAACCAAUUUUUGUAAUCUGAAAAA